CAACACAUUGAAUAUGUUGGUUAUUUAUAGUAUUUUGAUUAUUUUGAAUCUAGCAUUACUGAUAUAUAUUCUUCUUCCUGCAUAGACUAUAAGUGUGGUCAAGUAUUAGACUUACAGAGGCAGUUCGUAAGGGACCUCUCUUUCCUCUUCUUCACAUCUACUUUUCAGUUUCUCUCUAUAACAUUUAUCUUCUUCCAUUGUCCAGCACUAAUGGAUAACACAAACCAUAUUCGUCGCCCUCACGACGGUAAUCAACCCAAGAUCAUUCGACAUAACUCCCAAGAAGUGAGUAGUCUGGAAUGGGAGUUUAUCAAUAUGACCGAACAAGAAGAAGAUCUCAUCUUUCGAAUGUACAAACUUGUCCGGGACAGGUGGGAUUUAAUAACAAGGAGAGUCGUAGGACGAGAGGCGAAGGAGAUAGAGAGAUUUUGGAUUAUGAAAAACUCUGACUAUUUCUCCCACAAAUGAUAGCGCUGCGACAUCCUCCAUGUGUUUCCAUGUCUCAUCCUCAUUAAUUUUUGUUUUUGUGGACAAAAAAGCUUUAAUGUAUUUCUUCUUUUUCAUCAGAUAUUCACAUGAUACCUCCAGCUAGUAUUAUACAUUACUUCCAAAUAACUGUGAUCGAAUUAGUAUACUAGUAUAUUGUUAAAAAUGUUUCUUAUCGAGGGAAACAUUUGUGUUGGCUUUU